AUGGACCGCUACGCAGAAAUGUCGCAGCAGACACUGGUCGUCUCAAAUCCUUCUGCCUUGGGCAGUGAUGAGCGGCAAGUACACCAGUCGUGCAGUCCUGCUAAAUGUUUGCGGAACCGAAAUCAAAACUCGUCGUCGUGCAGCUGCAGUAGCAGAACCAACGAUGGCGGCCAUUCCAAAAGUUUGGCCGCGGUGGAGGAUUCAAACCUCAGUCUGCAGUUGAAUACUGUUUUGAAUAUGCAGGAUCUGUUUUCACAGAACGGUUACGGUUGUGAAAUUCAUGAGCUGAGGUCAGGAUCAGCUGAAGAAAGGAGAUUCCGUUCUAAAGUAAGACUAGAUCUUAAUAAUGACGAAGUUUGCCCUGAUAAUUCGGAUAAUUGUAAUAUCGAAGUUAACCGAAUUGUCAAAGCUGUUGAGGUUUUUGAGUCAGAAGAAAUUGACGAAGAUGUCGGUUUCUCGGAUACAAAGUUAGAUUUGAAUGAUGAGGAGUCAGUACUUGAUGGCAACCAAGAACAUGAAGAGUCACUGGCAGGUGAUGAGGAUGGAAAUGACAACACAGAUGAGGCAACCCAAGAUGAUGGAGAGAGUACACAAGACGGAGGCGAGCAGAAAAAGUUUUCAAAGAGCUACUGGCGCAAGCAGAGAAGACUGAGACUCAAGGAAAGACUCCUUGCAGAGAAAAUGCUAAUGGAGAGUAACCCAGAUCUUGCUGCAGAAGAGAAGGAAUGUUUAAGACCCCAGAAAGGAGUAAAAUCUAAAGAAAUCGACUACGACAACUACCUGCCGGCCCAUGUCCUCAUGCACGUCAAGCGGGACCUGGUCAGUGUGCUCAUGGAGUACGGUCAGACCAGGGAGGUCAAAGUCGCCUUCAAAGACAUGGAGAGAUCCGGCCCACACCACGCCUCCAGGUUUCACACUGCAGCUAUUGUUGAUACGGAGACCUUCCCUGUAGGAUCUGGGUCUUCCAAAAAGAAUGCAAAAAAGGCAGCGGCUGCACAGGCUCUGAAGAUCAUGUAUGACAGGGGCCGGAAAAACCUGGAGGUUGUCAACGAGGUGGCUCACAAGAAACUGAAGGCAAUGUCUGAUGAGGAGGUUGGAUCUCAUGCCCACAGAGUUGUGCUAGUGUCUCGCCAUGUCUUAGACACAGCUGAAGAGACCCAGUUCAUCAACUAUAGCAAGGAUAAGAUUGCAGCCACAUUUGUUCUGGAAUACCAUGGCAGGAUGCGAGUUGUGGGCCUGGGCACUGGUAACCGCUGCAUCUUGUACCAGCAUCUGACACUGGAUGGUAAGAGGGUCAUCCACUCGCAUGCUGAAAUCAUUGCCCGGCGAGCCUUCCUUCGCUACCUGUAUAAACAACUGCUGACCUACAACGGCAACCGCUCCCACCCAGUCUUCACCCGGAGCGACACUGGCAAGCUGAAACUGAGGGAUAAGAUACAAGUCCACUUGUACAUCUCCCGUCCUCCGUGUGGGGAUGCUGCCGCCUUCCCCACCAUCAGCAACUUCCCUAACAAGAUGAGGGCUAUACGCAAGCAAGGCCAGCUAAGGACUAUCAUUGAUGAUGGGGAAGGUGCGAUCCCAACAGACUUCUCUGUACCAGCAGGAGCUAAUGGCAAAGAGAGGUUACGCAUCAUGACCUGCAGUGACAAGAUCUGUCGCUGGAACGUGCUGGGUGUGCAGGGGGCACUCCUCUCUCAUUUCCUGGAUCCCAUCUACAUCAGCUCCCUAGUUAUAGGCAGCCACACAGGAGAUCAGCGUGGCCACGUGCCACGUGCGGUUUCUGGUCGACUCAAGUGUGGCCGUCUGCAUGAGGUUAUCCAGCGGCCCUUCCACAUCAACACGCCGGACAUCCACUAUCCCCACGAUGACCUGGCUGACAACUACAACAUCACAAAGUCCAAGCAGUACUGCAUCACCUGGUCUUACGGUGACUCUGAUGCUGAAGUGAUUGAUGCUAUAACCGGGGUCACUAACAUGGAGACCAUGGAGGAUGUCAUUCCCUCGCGGGUGUCCAAGAUCACACUGCACAAUCUCUUCCAACAAGUCUGCAAGAAGUAUGGACAACACGACCUAGCCAGUCUUGACUACCUCAAGGCCAAACGCGCGGCCACCACUUUUCAGAGGAUGAAGAACUUUGUAGGCCAGCACCUUGCUGCCAUGGGUUUCGGCCAGUGGUAUUCGCUGCAGGACACCUAUGGAACGGACAGUCUUGGCUGUCCUGGGCCGUGCUAG